CGGUUUUGGCAGAGCCCUUGUCUGCUCUUUAGCCGCAGCUUGUAUCUUGGAUGCGACGAAUCAAGGACAUAAGACAUUCCAAGCCAAGGGCAUCUUCAUGAUAAUCACCAACUUGGAGCUAUCUGCUGGCGCCCCGGAGCUGGACAUGGUUGUCAGCUGCCAUACGUGUAUGAUGAUCUAACCUCGAUAAUUGAUUCCUCUUGUCCAGCAAUGGCAGCCUCACGCCGCGGUCAGCCACCCCUUUCCGUCCGGCUUCCCCCGCAGCCUACCAGCCCGGCCCUGCUCCCUGACAUGCCCCCCAUCUCGGCGCUCUUUUUGAUCGAUUUCGAUGUCAAGGCAGGCUAUACUAUCACCUGGAAGGAGGCCGUUCCCGGUGUUGAGCUGGAAGGGGUUGUCGAGUACAAGAGCCUUCCGUCUGGCUUACACACCGUCCCCGACGACCUCAUCUACUUCGUCCACGAGGAUGGCUAUGCUGGACUGAGCGCAUUCGUCAACACAAGGACAGAGGAAGAGGCAACUCGCCAUGCGCGCAUGAUUGCUGUUGGCGUCUUGGUGCCACUCAGCUAUGGCCGCCUUGGGAGAGCCUGGCGGCACUCGCAGGGUUUGAAGGAUAUGGCCAGUAAGCUCGCGCUUGAUGGCAAACAGACCCAGAUACUUGAGCAGUAUUGGGAGAAGAAUGGCGCGCACGGCACCGUCUCGCCGCAGCCCUUGGAUGACACCUCCUUACGCUCACCCUCUAUCAGUUUCAAACCAACCCAUCCUGGACUGGGAAAGAAACACUCCAGAAACCGGUCCGCUUCUGACGGAGCGGCUUUGAUCCCCGCAGGUCACGGAUUAUCACCCUUCCAUCCAGCUUGGAGUUUGACGAAUUUGCUCGAAACGUUCGGCCCCUUGAUCUUUCCUAUAUACCGAGCUGCGUUGUUGCGGAAGCGUAUCUUGAUAUCCACCCAUGCACCAGUGCAUGAGGUCUGUAAUUUUGUGUACGAUAUCUCAGUUCUGUCCAAUAUCCCCCUCCACGUGCUCGAUAUCCUCGACCCAUCUGCGCCUGUCCAACGACUGAAGCCUCUUUUCACCAUCGGAGUCCAUGAUAUACCGUCUCUGCUUGAAUAUCAGUCCUCGUUGAGGAACUCUACUCCGAGCGAGGAUGACGACGCAACCGCCGUAGAAGACGCCGGGGCAGGCUAUAUAGCCUGCACAACUGACAGCAUUCUUGCCAUAAAAGAAGAUCUGUGGGACAUGCUCAUCGUUAUGCCGCCGGAAUACUCGUCGAAUGCAAGGGACAAGGUCUGGCCGACCGUAGAAUGCCCAAAGGGCGUUCCCGUCCGGGCCACACAGCGCGAUCUCCGCAGGUUCCGGUCGCUUCAAGCAGGAUUAUCGCGGCUGGAGCCGCCCCCUUCCGCGGCUGGUGUCACCACAAGUCCUCGACCGGAAGUCCCUACCCAAACCUCGACAGAACUGAGGCGCUCAGCACUGUCACGACCGGCGGCAGAAACUAGCGAGAGUCUUGCUCCAGUCGGCGACGACGAUGCGGACAAGAUCGUCGAACCCUCGACCUGGGCAGCCCUGGCUUAUAGCGGGUUCAUGUGGUGGGCCAGCGCAGGUGAACAGCGCCUUGCCGAAGAGGCAGAGGAGGUCGCCCAAGACUCGGCCCUCCUGGCAGAACUCGGGCCGCGGAGGCCGUCAAUGCAAGGGACGCCGAGCUUUGGGUCCGUCCUUGGGUCGGCCGGGAUGUCCGACUCGGUGUCGUCGCUGACGGCGAGGCGGGUGGCCGGGGGCGGCGAAGGAGAGGACGAAGGCCACCCGCCGGCAGCUACCGAGCUGGCCAUAAUCGCGUACUUCCAUAGGCUGACGACGCAGAUGCUGUCGGUGCUCGCCGACGUCGUCGAGAGCUCGGACGAGGACGACAUGCUGGGCGUUGAUAUCGCGGACGAGGAAGACGGAGGCGAGGAGAUGGGGCUCCUCCUGGGCCGGGCCGGGCCCGAUGAUGACGACGCGCGCGGCCGCGUACGCGUCGGAAGUGAUGUGCUUGCGCACAUGGGCCUGGACGUGUGGAGCAACGCGGAAGCCGACUUCGUCCGGGACCUCACCGCGAGGUACUUUGCCCGGCGGGCCCACGUCCAGUGCAAGGGUGUCGAAGUCUGCGGCAUGAGGGUUUGCUAAACGCUGCCCACCCCUGUCUAUUGGGUUGGUGACAUAUGCGGAUGAGGGCUGGGCUGCUUCUGCAUACAUACAUUCUUGUUUGUGUGUCUGGGU